AUGAAAAGAACUUUAACACCAGAAAUACCUCUGCUUUCCAACCCAGGUGGAGGGCACAGGAAGCAUUUACUGAAUGCGUUUUUCUCUUACAGCUAUUCGUCCUACGGCAACCAGGGCAGCCAAAAUUACGGACAAGGGCAGGGAUAUUCUGGUUAUGGGCAGAGUGGAGACAAUUCCUCCUAUGGACAGAACUACGGAAGCUAUCAUGGGAGCUAUGGACAAAAUCAAACAGGUUACGGACAAGAUUCACAGGGAUAUGAUGAUGAAUCCAGUUAUGAAAAUCAGAAUGAGAGCUCAUACAACCAGCAGUCUAACAGCGGUCAGGGCCAGCAGAAAGGAUCGUCUAGAGGUGGAAGAGGCUCAUAUGAACAAAAGUCAAACUAUGGUCAGCACCAAAGCUCUUAUGACCAGCAGUCAAGCUAUGGACAAAACCAGGACUCUUAUGACCAACAGUCAAGCUCCUAUGACCAGCAGUCGGGCUAUGGCCACCAGGGCUCGUACGACCAGCAGUCGGGCUAUGGUCACCAGAGCUCGUAUGACCAAAAGUCAGGCUAUAACCAGCACCAGAGCUCGUAUGGCCACUCCCAGCAGUCCUACCAGUCUCAGAAGGGAGGCUAUAGCCACAACAGCCAAGAUGAUCGUCGAGAAAAGAGUAGGUAUGGAGAAGAUAAUAGAGGAUAUGGCGGGUCUCAGGGAGGAGGUAGAGGGGGAUAUGACAUGGAUGGAAGAGGUCGUAUGUCUGGAUACAGUGGUGGUGACCGUGGUGGCUUCAAAAAUUACGGUGGUCAGAGGGAUUACGGACCGCGAUCGGAUGCUGAUUCAGAGUCUGACAACUCUGAUAACAACACUAUCUUCGUGCAAGGACUUGGAGAGGAUGUUUCAACAGAUCAAGUGGCAGACUAUUUCAAACAAAUUGGUAUUAUAAAGACCAACAAAAAGACUGGCAAACCUAUGAUAAAUCUCUAUACGGAUAAGGAUACUGGCAAACCGAAGGGAGAAGCAACAGUAUCUUUUGAUGACCCUCCUUCUGCGAAAGCAGCGAUUGACUGGUUUGAUGGAAAAGAAUUCAACGGCAAUGUUAUCAAAGUUACUUUUGCAACCAGAAGGCCUGAAUUCAUGAGAGGAGGUGGAGGUGGCGGCCGUCGAGGUUCACGAGGUGGAUAUGGAAGAGGUGGGGGCUUCCAGGGUAGAAGUGGGGAACCCAAAAAUGGUGAUUGGGUUUGUCCUAACCCGGGCUGUGGUAAUAUGAACUUCGCUCGCAGGAAUUCCUGCAACCAGUGUGGUGAGCCUCGGCCAGAGGAUUCACGCCCGUCAGGAGAUUUUCGCGGCAGAGGUGGCUAUGGAGGAGAGAGAGGCUAUCGAGGGCGCGGUGGCAGAGGCGGCGAUCGGGGAGGUGGCUACGGUGGUAAAAUGGGAGGAAGAAAUGAUUUCAGAAAUGAUCAACGCAACAGACCCUACUGAAGACCACUGUGAAUGUUUUGUUUGUCUUCUUGAUGAGUUUGAUGGUGAAAUUGCCAGAGUUUUGCCUGCCGCUUCACCCAUGGCCUCUUUCGGUAGUGGAAUUGAGUGAAACUAGAUUUUUAUUUUGGUGGGAGGGACUGGGGCGGGUUUUUUUUAAGCGAGA